AUGUUACCAGUCACUGUCUUACUUCUCUCCCUUUCAUCCUUAGUCCUCGUCUCGGCGCAGGGUUCCGAUAGUUGCCCGGCGGUCCCGGAUACUGGCGUAACGAUUGGCGACCCGGUUCCAAUCCGUCCACAAGACAUCCCGGCGGGAUGUUCUGACUUUGAGAUCCUUGUCGCCAGAGGAACCAGUGAGCCAAAUUUCGCCGAGGGUGGCAAAUUCGGCAUCAUAGUCGGCGAUCCAGUCGUCAGCAACACAACAGUUGCCCUGCCAGGUGCAAGAGGUUACCCAGUCCAAUAUCCCGCAAGCUCUCAGAUCAUCAGUGGUGUCCGCCGAGGCUCCGCCGAUGUCGUCUCUCGCCUUACAUCCCAGUCUAAGGCCUGUCCAAAUCAGACCUUCUCCUUAGUCGGGUACUCUCAAGGGGCAUCGGUGAUGCAUGCCGCCGCGAAAGACAUCCCGACUGCACUAUAUGGAAAGAUUAAGUCGCUUGUCAUGUUCGGCGACGGGUACUUGAGAUACGGAAACACACUGAGCAAAUUUCCUGCUGGACUGAACGAGAAAGUUCGUCAAGUCUGCGCGAACGGAGACCCGGUUUGCGAUCCGGAUGGUGAAUGCACGUUUUAUCAUCUGACUUAUAUCCGUCCCGAGUUCAUCGACCCCGCUGUUGAUUUCAUUGUCAGAGGAUUCAGGCAGUAG